UCUAAUCAAUUACAUACACACAAACACACAAAAUGUGACCUGUAGUGCCUUACAACUAUCAGCAAUUGGGAAUGUAUUGUAGGCUACAUAUUGUUUCCCUCGGUGUGUUGAUUUGGCAAUGAUUGUUCUGGCUCCAGUGUAUUUUACUACCACUUCUAUUUCACAACAUUUAACAAUGCGCUGACUCAUCAUCAUAACCUUUUCAACAUAAUAAAAUGUUAUAAAGAAAGAAACAAGCCCAAGUUUCAAAAUUGGUUUAAUGCCACGUUAGAAAAUCCAGAAUAGGCCUUUUUCCACACACACAAUAUUUUUCUUGUCAUAGCAGGAGAUGCACAGGUGUUACUAAUACAUUAACAAAGGCCACUGUAUGUACAACACAUGGCUCCUGAACAUCAAUAAUGUUAUUAGUUACACCUGCACUUUCCUUGCUUUGACAUGUCUCAGUGUCUACCAUGAAACAACUCCAUCAUCAUAAUGAGAGACCUGCAGAGUGUCAGGCGAGCUACACAUGAAACAAGACAAGACAAAUCCUCAUCAGCAGCAAUAUCAACAGCAACAUAAUGACAUCAUGGGCACAUCUUGUCUGGAGGUACCUCUGGUCUUUUUCUGUUUUGUUUUAUUUUUCUCUUCCCAAUUUGAUAGCACCUCAUAAAAUCAUAUUGUGUAACUUAAAAAAAUAUUUCCAACUCAAAGGGAAGUUAUUGAAUUAAAAGAAGAAAAAGAGGAAAAAAAACGUUUCAUGUGAUAAGCUACGUCACUUCCAGGAUGCAGGGGAGAGCAAAAUGACAGCUGGUUUGUUUUCAUCAACAAGGGAGAUUCAGAGUAGAUAUUAAAGUGUCAUGAGCUGAGCGCCUCCCCAGUUCCUCUCUUCCCUGGCCUGUCCAGAACAAAUACUGACAGCUGACCAAAGAGGGACGAACAUUUCUUCUGGAGACUCAUGUCAACCCUGCCAGUCAAUCUGGAGCCAUCAGCACAGAAACAGAAAAAGACAGCAAACAGUGAGAGAGGUCAAAUCAAGGGAAACGUCUCUUCAGCUGAGGGGGCAGCGGUUCAGUGGAACGGAGACAUGGAGCCACCAGAGGUCAAUGAGGGGCGUACCUUUGUGGAGGUGAUGAGUGAAAAGUACAGCCCGGAGAACUUCCCAUACCGCAGAGGACCUGGCAUGGGCGUAGUGGUGGUGCCCACCUUAGGUCCCCAGGGUUCCCCCAUGAAAGACCGUCUGAACCUGCCCAGUAUGCUGGUGUUGAACAGCUGUGGAAUCAGAAGGGCAGGAGAACAGGCCGAAAUUGCUGCCUUCUGUACUCACGUGGUGGAACUGGACCUGUCCCAUAAUAAGCUGCAGGACUGGCAUGAGAUCAGUAAAAUUGUCUCCAACAUUCCCAACCUGGAGUUCCUCAACUUGAGCUCUAACCCGCUGGCUGGAAUGACCCUUGAGCCAAAGUGUGCUGAAGCCUUCUCCCGAGUCCGACGCCUAGUCCUCAACAACACCCAAGUGUCAUGGGAUACUAUGAUGAUGCUCACCCAAGAGAUACCUGAUCUGGAGGAGUUGUUCCUGUGCCUUAAUGAGUACAGUGUCGUGAGCGCCUCCAGAGUAAUCUGCCCCAGCCUGCGCCUGCUUCACAUCACUGACAACAGCCUCCAGAACUGGGCCGAAGUCCGCAAGUUUGGUUCCAUGUUCCCCGGCCUGGAUACUCUGAUUAUGGCCAAUAACAACUUGGCCUCCAUUCAGGACAGCAAGGAAAUCCUGCAACGUCUCUUCCCCAAUCUACGCAGCAUCAAUCUGAACAACGCAGGUCUUAACCGAUGGGAAGACAUUGAGAAGCUGAACUUGCUCCCCAAGUUGGAGGAGGUGCGACUGCAGGGCAUUCCCUUACUGCAGGCCUACACCAAUAUGGAGCGACGUAGCCUCAUGAUAGCACAGCUUCCCUCCAUAUCACUGUUAAAUGGCAGCGUUGUGACUGACAGCGAGAGAGAAGACGCAGAGAGGUUUUUCAUCCGUUACCAUUUCGACUACCCUGAGGAGGAGCUGCCUUACAGAUACCAUUGCCUGGUAACCAAAUAUGGAAAGCUGGAACCCCUCGCUGAGAUUGACCUCCGGCCGCGCUGCCGUGCCCAGGUGGAAGUUCACUGUGAGGAAAAAGUGGAACAGCUGAGCAUCCGUUUGGACCAGACAGUAGCAGAGCUGAAGAAGCAGCUGACAACAGUGGUCCAGCUGUCCACCAACAGCAUGAGGAUCUAUUACAUUGACAAGUGCAGCGCCUUUGGUCCAGAGGAAAUGAAGUACAACACCCGGGCCCUCCACUCCUACAGUAUCCAAGACGGUGAUGAGAUAUUAGUGGUGCCCAAGACCAAGUGAAUAGCCGGCUUCCAACUGGCUGAUUAGGAUAACUUGAUUGAUUGUUUCAUUUGAUUAUUGGUUGAUUGGCUAACUGACAUUGAAAAAUAAUUGGAAACUGCACAUGGAACAGCAUCAGCAGCCUACUUGUUGGAAUGAAGAGGGAGCAAAACAAGAAAAUGAUGAACACCAUCAUGGGGACUGGACAGUGGCGUACAGUGGGCUGCUGGGAGGCACUGACUGGAAAUGCAGCCAGUCUGGAGAGAAUUAUGUUUUUAUUUAUUUCAGCUUUAUUUUAGGGCAUCCACUGAAGUUGGUGGACAAAUCUGUCACACUGGAGAACAGGCCAAGAGAGAAACACGCAGUCCGCUAGCAGCUUAUGCAGAAGGGAGGGCACCAGCAACGCUUUGCUGCAGCUCUAUCUUAGUAUAUGGCAUGUAACAUUGCACCUGCAAGGCAAGUAUCCAACACCACUGGUUUGCCCAAAAGCUACCCUGAUUAGUCAUGAGGCAGAGCUGCCCAGUGAAGAGGGACUGCUGUUCUCAUCUGCACUUUUACUGUAGGCACAAAAUCAGGAGGAGCAGCAGUCGUUAAAGGAAAAAUCCUGCCUAAACACUAUUAAAUGCAGGUGUUGGUGGUGAAAUGUGCAAUUUGUUGGCUCUAUUUUGUUGUUUGGUGGUGUUUUUUCAUUAAUUCUUGAGGAUAACUUGCCAAACACAAAAAGUUUAAUCAGUGAAAAAUACCAACAGAUUCCAAAUGUUUCCAAAUGUAGAGCUGUCAUGACAUUAAUUUGACAUGAAAUUUAUCCUUGAAUAAGCUGAGUUUAAAUACUUAAAGAUCCCCUCCAAACAUGUUUUAAUAUGUAUAAAAAUAACCUGCUUUGAAUUAUGAUUUUCAUCUGAUGAGGUUUUUCCACUAAAUAGUUUGAUAACCUUGUUAAAAAGUCUUCAUUGCAUCUAUCUCUUUUCCCUCACUAAAAAAUCCAGAAAUCAUGAACAUGCUAAUUUGAUUUAUGUACUAGACACAACAUGUCUCCUACUUCAAUGUAAAGUCCAUUUUCAGUGUUUAUACUCUGCAGGCUUCAAAUUUCCUCAUCACACUUGUGUAAGCUGCAUUUUGGCUGCAAACUAGUUGUGAUGUCACAAAUUCUGCUGGUCUUGAAUUAAGAUUUAGGUGACCAAAGAUACAUUUGUUCCUUCAGCAGAUGAAUGAAAAACAAAUUCUGCACAGUGAAGCUCAGGCAGAAAACUGAAGUAAAAAGGAAAACACAUUUUGAGUGGAAGGGGAUUUUUAAGUGGGAGUAGAUGAGGCUGAGAGUGAGGAAAUUGGUCAUACGAGAAGGAAAAUGACACCACUUUAUGACAAAAUGGGUCGGGGAGUGUAAUGGUCACAAAUUGAUGCUGACAGCGUGAAGACUAUGUGAGGGUUGAUUUUUCCUUUAGCACUGUGUCUCGAAUCAGAGCACACAUGCACACAGUCACACAUGCCCACACAGGUUACCACAAAGCAGUUGUUGUCAUGUUAUGUGCUGCCCCCUACAGGCUUUAUGUGUCCCUGCUGAAAACGGAUCCCUGCCACAAUAAAGUUUAGGGUCUUUUGUGUGACCCAGGGAACCAGUGAUACACAAACACACACACACACACACACCAGGGUACCAAAAGACAAUCUGUCAUUGCACAUUCUGCACAGGAGAAAUAUGAGGGCAUCUACAUUUUAAAUAUCACAUAAGUGCAGGUUUAAUUAUAUCCAGAUUGUAUGAUUUUUGGUUCAGCACAACCUGGGGGAGCAAGAUGAGGUUUAGAGGUUUAGUAAAGUGUUAGAUAAUUAAUAUGCUUUUAAUAGGAUAACUGUUUUAUUCAAUGCUCUAUUUUUGUCUUACGUAAUUUAAAUAAUUUGAUUAUUUAUUUACUUGCUUAUGAUCAUGUUUUAUUAAUUUAAAAAAAAAAUGUUGAAUCAAUAUACAGUAUUCAUAGUUUAUUUAUAAUCUUGUCAAAGUACCUCAGUAAUUAUCUUUGAACAGAUGCUGAUUUUUGGCUUAGUGUAAA